GUUAAGAUUUUUAGUCAGGCAAAUAUUUAGCAGCCUCUACCUCUGUUCAGGCAUUUCAUUGGCCGCCGCGGGGUCCUUCCUCCUUUUCCACAUCUCUGAGCGAGCCGACGCCAAGAUGAACGACACAGUCACAAUCAGGACCAGGAAGUUCAUGACGAACCGCCUGCUUCAGAGGAAGCAGAUGGUCGUUGACGUCUUGCACCCUGGCAAGGCCACAGUACCCAAGGUCGAGGUCCGGGAAAAGCUCGCCAAGCUCUACAAGACCACCCCCGACGUAGUGUUCGCUUUCGGCUUCAAGACUCAGUUUGGUGGCGGCAAGACGACCGGCUUCGCCAUGGUCUACGACUCGUUGGACUUCGCUAAGAAGAAUGAGCCCAAAUACAGACUGCAGAGGCAUGGUCUGUACGAGAAAAAGAAGACCUCCAGAAAACAGCGCAAGGAACGCAAGAACAGAAUGAAGAAGGUCAGGGGUACCAAGAAGGCAUCGGUUGGUGCUGCUGGCAAGAAGAAAUGAGGUGUCUUUCCAGUGAGACCGUCAGGGGAACCCAUCAUCCUGAAAAUGUUCUUGUAUAUUGUCAACAAAUAAAAAAAGCGGAAAUUUCAUAA